AGACACUAUUACUUCAAAUGUCUGUACAAACUUAACAUACACAACACAAUCACACAAGUACAUACAAAACUAAACUCUAACAAACAGAAAACUCAUAGUACAUGAAAUCUUAGCAUUUCAGUAUUACCAAACAUAAACAUAAAGUUCUCACAAACCCAUAACCUUAACCCUUGAGUCUUUGUAGAAUUCUCGGGAUUUCGGUCUGGGUUAGCCUAGUCUGACUGAUUCCGUAAAAUGUCAGCACCAGCACCAACAUCACCACCGGCGCCUUCAACCAACACAACCUCACCACCCCUACCAACACCCUCGCCACCUUCAACUUCACCGCCACCAUCAACACCGCCAUCACCACCGUCAUCUUCUCCACCGCCAUCCUCCUCUCCUCCGCCGCCAGACACUCCGCCACCCUCAUCAUCUCCUCCACCACCCUCCAAUGCUCCUCCGCCAGCAACACCCUCCUCUCCCUCCCCACCAUCGCCACCUUCUCCGCCAUCCAAUCCAGGCUCACCACCAGUGACUAAACCUCCACCAUCUUCACCGUCUCCACCAUCUCCACCAGGGACUUCGAGAUCUCCUCCUUCUCCGCCGCCGCCAAAGAGUCAGGCGAGUCCUCCGUCAUCAGGGUCCAAAGGAGGCUCAGUGUCAACUGGGUUGGUGGCUGGGAUUGCUAUUGGUGGAGUGGUGAUUGUUGUGCUUAUAUGUCUUGUGUGGAUAUGUUGUAGGAAGAAGAAGAGAAGAGAGUAUGGGCAUGGCCCACCUCCUGGUUAUUAUGUUCCACCUCCCUCAGGGCCUAAAGAUGGCCCUUAUGGUGGCCAGCAACAACAAUGGCAAAACAAUGCUCCUCCACCUAGCGACCAUGUUAUCUCGAUGGGGCCGAAGCCUUCUCCUCCACCUGUAAUGUCUAGGCCGCCACAAUCUGUUUCUCCCCAACCUUAUAGCAGCGGAGGAUCUGGAUCUAAUUAUUCAGGGGGUUCCAAUAAUCCACUCCAAGCUCCUUCCCCUGGCAUGGCCUUAGGGUUCUCAUCACAGAGCACGUUUACAUAUGAAGAGUUGGCAAUGGCUUCGAAUGGCUUCUCUGAUGCAAACCUCCUUGGACAAGGUGGUUUUGGGUAUGUGCACAAAGGUGUCCUUCCAAAUGGAAAACAAGUUGCAAUUAAGCGCUUGAAAGUUGGUAGUGGGCAAGGAGAGCGUGAGUUUCAGGCGGAGGUUGAAAUUAUUAGCCGGGUUCAUCACAAACAUCUUGUUUCUUUAGUUGGAUACUGCAUGACCGGGGCAGAAAGAUUGCUUGUUUACGAAUUUGUUCCAAACAACACCUUGGAGUUUCACUUACAUGGGAAAGGGAGGCCAACCAUGGAUUUUCCAUCAAGAAUGCGAAUCGCUCUUGGAUCUGCAAAAGGACUUGCUUACCUACACGAGGAUUGUAAUCCCAAAAUCAUACAUCGUGAUAUUAAAGCAGCUAACAUCCUUCUGGAUUCUAAUUUUGAGGCAAAGGUAGCAGAUUUUGGACUUGCUAAGAUCACUUCUGAGUUAAAUACUCAUGUCUCCACUCGAGUGAUGGGAACUUUUGGGUACCUGGCUCCAGAGUACGCUUCUUCUGGUAAACUUACAGACAAGUCUGAUGUUUUCUCCUUUGGUAUAAUGCUUCUGGAGAUGGUUACUGGACGUAGACCAGUUGAUUCAGCUCAAACUUUCAUGGAUGACAGUUUGGUUGACUGGGCAAGGCCCUUGCUCACUAGAGCUUUGGAAGAGGGAAAUUUUGACACCCUUGUCGAUUCUCGAUUGCAAAAUAAUUAUAACCAAAGUGAGAUGUCACGCAUGGUUGCUUGUGCAGCUGCCUGUGUUCGUCAUUCAGCAAGGCGUAGACCACGAAUGAGUCAGGUGGUUCGUGCUUUAGAAGGAGACCUCUCUUUGUCUGAUCUCAACGAAGGAAUUACUCCUGGACACAGCACGGUCUACAGUUCACACGAAAGUUCAGACUACGACACAAUGCAAUACAAAGAGGACAUGAAAAAAUUCCGGAAAAUGGCCUUGGCAAGUCAGGAAUACUCCAGCAGUGAAGUUAGUCGACCCACCAGCGAAUAUGGUCUGUACCUAUCUGGAUCAAGCAGUGAAGGCCAACAAACCCGCGAAAUGGAAAUGGGGAAAACGCAAAAAGACAGCCGAGGUUUCAGUGGAAGUUCUGGUUUCUGAUGCACUUCAUGUCUAUAGUUUCUACAGCUAACAUUAGGUUACAACAAUUGUGAGUAUUGCAUUAUUUUGCUUGAGAUAACACAUAGAAUUCUUGUGCGCUGUCUUUGGAAAUUUUCUAGUCUUAUAUUUGUAUUUAUUAUGGCUUAUACAACAAAAUAUUCAUUCUUUCAUUUGAUUUUUUCAAAUUUUGAGUUGGUUGUUUUGAUC